AUGCCGGUACAGCAGCCGGCCCCAACCCUAGCUUCAACCCUAGCCCCAGCCCGAAGCCCCAACCCUGGCCCAGCCGCAGCCGCAGCCCCAACCCCAGACCCAGUCCGAAGCCCCAACCCUGGCCCAGCUCCAACCCCAAGCCCCAACCCUGGCCCAGCCGCAGCCCCAACCCAGACCCAGUCCGAAGCCCCAACCCUGGCCCAGCCCCAACCCCAACCCUGGCCCAGCCGCAGCCCCAACCCCAGACCCAGUCCGAAGCCCCAACCCUGGUCCAGCUCCAACCCAAAGCCCCAACCCUGGCCCAGCCGCAGCCCCAACCCUAGACCCAGUCCGAAGCCCCAACCCUGGCCCAGCCCCAACCCCAACCCCAACCCCAACCCCAACCCUGGCCCAGCCGCAGCCCCAACCCCAGACCCAGCCCGAAGCCCCAACCCUGGCCCAGCCGCAGCCUCAACCCCAGACUCAGUCCGAAGCCCCAACCCUGGCCCAGCCACCAACCCCAACCCCAACCCGAAGCCCCAGCCGCAGCCCCAACCCCAGACCCAGUACAAAGCCCCAACCCUGCCCCAGCCCCAGCACCAGCCCCAGCCCGAAGCCCCAACCCUGGCUCUGGUCCAUCCCCAGCCCGAAGCACCAACCCUGGCCCAGCCGCAGCCGCAGUCGCAGCCCCAACCCCAGACCCAGUCCGAUGCCCCAACCCUAGCCCAGCCGCAGCCUUACACUACAGUAGCCUAA